AUGGCAUCAAUAUCAACCACGGGCGCAUGCGGCGACAGCCGCUUUGGCCCAAUCGUCGCUACAACGGACUGUCGCGGGGGCUUUGACUUUACCGUACUUUUCGAAUCCGCCAUAUUGAACAUCGUACCUGCGGCUUGUUUCCUCUUACUGGCACCCCUUCGUAUUUUUCAUUUAUCGAGACAGCCACAAAAAGUGCUCUCUUCCCCAAUUCGUGCUGCGACACUGCUUGUAUCUGUAGCCUUUGCAGCUAUCCAAACCGCUCUCCUAGUCCUUGUUGCAAAACACCAAUUUGUUGGCGGGUCUGUUGCUCUUGCGAGUGCAAGUCUGGAUCUUCUAUCGGCGCUGGCCAUCGUGAUUCUCGUGGAUCUGGAACAUGUUCGAUCUCUUCGGCCAUCAUUUCUCGCCUCAGCCUACUUGUUCAUCACCCUACUUCUGGACAUUGCGCGCGUGCGCACAGCUUGGUUGGUAUCCGACCAUCAGGUUUACUCUGCUUGCCUCUCUGCGUCUUUCGCUCUCAAAGCGCUGCUCUUGGCGCUGAACAGUAUUGAGAAGAGAAAAUGGUUUCUGUCCAAUGAAAAGAAACACUCCACUGAGACUGUGAGCGGGCCUUUUAGUCGAGGCUUAUUUACUUGGCUGAACGGUCUGCUAUGGAAAGGCCAUUCCGGGUUAUUGACUGGGGAUGGUCUACCUAAUGUCAACGAAAGGAUUUUGUCUUCAGAAGUAGCUACCCGGUUCACAAACUCGUGGAUGGGCAGCCCUCAAAGUGGAAAAAAUGCACUGCUGUUCGCGGUGAUCAAGUGUUUACGCUUGGAAAUUGCGACGAUCGCCCUUCCGCGGCUCUGCGUCGUGGGAUUUAGUAUUGCGCAACCUUUUCUAAUUGGGAAAUGUGUUACCAUUCUACAAGAAACAACCUCGCUGUCAGAGAACAUGGGCUACGGCUUGAUUGCAGCGACCAUACUCCGUGGUGGUCUGAUGACUCUUGUUUUCAACCAUAUGAUGGACCUGCCUCUAGGGGGCACCGACGAAUCCAGUGCGAUGGCCCUCAUGGGUUCUGACAUAGAGAUGCUCGCGGAAUAUUUCUAUUCCUCGAUUUGUGAAACCUGGGCCAAUGUACUACAAUUAGCUCUCGCUACAUGGUUGCUACAAACUCAAGUCGGAGCUGUUUGUAUCGGUCCGAUCUUGGUGGCAAUAACAGCAUCCUUUGCCAUGGGUAAUGCUGUUACCACACGACAAAAAGAUUGGCUUCGGGCCACUGAAAAGCGUAUCAACUUUACGACUUCUAUUUUAGGCUCUAUUCGAAACGUUAAAUAUCUUGGACUCACCGAGAUAAUGAGUGAUAUGAUUGAAACACUGCGAAUUGAAGAACUCAAAGUCUCCACAAAAUUCCGCCAACUUUCGUCUAUUCGUGUUUGCAUGAUAAACUCCCCUUUGACCUUUGGCCAGCUCGUGACACUUGCUGCCUAUGCGAUAUUAGCGUUGCUGCAGGGCUCUCGCGGUCUUGCUGUCAGCGAAGCCAUCACAUCUUUGUCGCUCAUAAGUCUGAUGAUAACGCCGCUGAGCUACCUCUUGAUGGCUAUUCCUGAUACUUUUGCAUCCAUUGGCUGUCUUAAUAGGAUACAAGAGUUUCUGAAAGCCCCUAGUCGUCUUGGUGCGUACUUUGUUUUCCUUUUCUUCUGGCGCUUCGUGCCGAAGAACAAGACAUGGCUUGAACAGAAACUGACAGAAUACAUUAUUACAGAGAAGAGACAGCUUCCACGGCCGUUUUCAGCUGACUCUACUUCAACCACUGGAACUUCUGCUAUCCAGCUUUCUAUGUUUCCAACAAGCCCACCCACGCAGAGAGAAGUGAUUAUAUCCCUACAGAAUGUUAAAUUUGGCUGGAAGACCUCUCCAAGACAAACACCGGGCAUCACACUGAGUCUUGAAUCCUCUCCCACUGGCAGUGUCAUCAUCCUGGUCGGUCCAGUAGGGUGCGGUAAAUCUACUUUCCUGAAGGGUCUCGCAGGUGAAACACCCGUGUUGGAAGGUGAACUUUUCAUUAAGUACCCAGAUCUGGCAUUCUGUGACGAAACGCCAUGGCUAUCUAAUUCAUCAAUACGAAGCAACAUUGCUGGAGAAGACCCAUCUACUUUUGAUUCAGACUGGUAUCGCACUGUAAUUGGCGCAUGUGCACUAGAUCUGGAUCUGAAAAACAUGGCAGCAGGUGACGAGACAGUUGUGGGCAGUAAAGGGUCCAAACUCAGCGGAGGACAGAGACAAAGAAUUGCUAUCGCACGUGCCGUUUAUGCUCGGAAACGCAUUGCUUGCUUUGACGAUGUUCUGAGUGGCCUAGACAAUGUCACUGCCAACCAUGUGUUUAAGAAUAUUUUUGGCCCAACUGGACUGCUACGUCGGCUGGGCUGCAUGGUAUUCUUAGCAACCCACACUGUUCAUCACUUGCCUCAGGCCGAUCUGAUUUUGGUACUCGGAGACGAUGGCCAGGUUGCCAAGCAAGGGAGGUUUAGCGAGCUUCAAGAAGAGAUUGACGACUUCGUUCACAUUGAGGGCAUUGAACUUACGCAAACAGAGGAGAUUGAUGGGCUAUCAGAACUUACCAAUCAAGCCGCAGAGUCCAUCCGCGCCCUCUCCACAGAUACCAAGCGCCAGACAACGGAUCUUGCCGUAUACAAGUACUAUUUCUCUUCGCUGGGCUGGUUUCGAAUUUCUAUUUUGCUUUUUCUCUUCAUUGUCAAUGCUGGUAUGGGUGGACUUGGCUAUAUCUGGGUCGACCUCUGGUCUUCCAGCAGUGAUAGUGCGACAUCUUCGCGCCUGGGCUACUGGCUCGGGCUGUAUGGGGCAUUCUCCGUUAUUCAAGUUCUUACCCUAGCGCUUGCUGUGUUCUGGACUUGGGUUGUUAUUGUACCCGCAGCUUCUAAGAACCUUCAUUCUGUAAUACUAAGUGCAUGCAUGAGCGCUCCAAUGUCAUUUCUGUCGAAUAUCGAAACUGGGAUCUUGGUAACCCGUUUCAGUCAAGAUAUCAGACUAGUGGAUAUGAUUUUACCUCGAGGCUUCAUAUCUACAGGUUUCCAGUUGUUUGGGUCUAUUGCGCAAGGCGCCGUUGCUAUCGCUUCACUUCCAUAUUUAGCGGCAGCUUUGCCCCCUCUGAUUGGAGUUCUGGUACUGAUUCAGCGCUUCUACCUCAAGACAUCACGUCAGCUGCGGCUAUUAGAAAUCGAGCUAAAGAGUCCUCUUUACACCCAUUUCAUCGAAUCAUUGGCUGGAGUUACCACCAUCCGUGCCUUCUCCUGGACACACGCCACCACGAAUCGAAUGAUUUCCAAGCUAGACAACGCUCAGAAGCCCUACUAUUUGCUCUUGUGUGUUCAACGCUGGCUGAGUCUUGUCCUGAAUUUAAUGGUCGCAGCCAUAGCAGUGCUUCUCGUCGGUGCCUCGCUCGCUCUCCGCACUCGUGUUGAACCAGGCCUCUUGGGUAUUGCCCUUGUCAUGAUGAUGGACUUGGGACUCACUCUUUCGGAACUGAUCCAAAAUUGGACGUUGCUUGAAACUUCAUUGGGGGCUAUUGCUCGAAUCAAAGAUUUUGCCGAAGAAACCCCCAGUGAGGAGAUGAACUCAAGCAUACAGACUUACAAUGAACUCUCAGAAUGGCCGACCCAAGGAGAGAUCAUAUUUUCGGAUGCGAGCAUUGGAUGGAAUCAUGAGGCAAAGCCGUUGAUCCACAAAAUGAACCUUCACAUCCGUGCCGGACAGAAGUUCGGCCUCUGCGGUAGAUCCGGAAGUGGCAAAAGUACAUUGGCAUUAUCGCUUCUCCGGCUCAAUGAGACUUUCUCCGGUAAGAUUGAAAUCGAUGGAAAAGAUAUUUCCCUUUUGUCCAGAUCAACAGUCCGGCAACACAUCAGCUGCCUUGGCCAAGAACCCUUCCUUUUCCCCGGUACUGUCAAGCAAAAUGCCGACCCACUGAAUAUGGCAUCAAGCACGGAAAUUAUUGAUGCAUUGAGGUCGGUUGGAGUUUGGGACGCCCUCACGACAAGCCAUAAUAGCACGGAUGAAGUGUUGCUGGAUUCGAAUUUAGAUGAGAGCAUUCUAUCCCAGGGCCACAAGCAACUAUUCUGUCUAGCAAGAGCCCUGCUGAAGAGAAGCAAGAUCCUGAUUCUAGAUGAGCCAACAAGCAGUCUGGAUUCUGAAACGGAUGCCAAAGUGCAAAAGGUCAUACGGGAGUCUUUUGUUGACUGUACCGUGAUCAUGGUGGCACAUAGAAUCCACACUCUGCUUGACUUUGAUCAGGUUGCUGUCCUGAGCGGUGGUCAGCUUGUUGAAGUUGGACACCCACAGGAAUUGAUCAUCAAGAAGGGUGAAUUUGCAACGUUGCUAGAGUUUGAGUCAUAA